AAGUUACCUGAUAUAUUUAUGAAUGGGGACUUCAUGCUUGGAGGUAUUUUUGCCAUCCAUGACUCCACAAGAUUAGAACCAAUUGCCUACACCAGGUUGCCAUCUCAACUGCAGUGCUCUGGCAUGGAUUUUAGGGAGGUGCGCUUCGCCCGUGCCAUGGAGUUCACCAUCCACGAGAUCAAUAACAGAACAGAUCUUCUUCCGGGCAUCACGUUAGGAUACCAGAUAUAUGACGGAUGCUCCUCUGUACCGAUGGCAAUAAAAGUUGCAUUUCAGCUUGCAAACGGUUUGGAGCUGGUUUUCAACAACUCAAAUUCAUGUUCAAAAUCUGCAGAUUCCGCUGUUACGGCAGUCAUUGGAGAUUCUGCUUCCACGCAGUCAAUAAGCAUAGCCAGAGUGCUCGGUCUUUUUGGAAUUCCACAGGUGAGUCACUACGCGACCUGCUCAUGUCUGAGUGAUAAGCAUCAGUAUCCUGCCUUCUUUAGGACCAUACCUAGUGACCAACACCAGGCAGCUGCGCUGGCAAGAAUGGUCAGGCAUUUUGGCUGGACGUGGAUUGGAGCAUUGCGCAGCGACACAGACUAUGGAAAUUACGGAAUGGCAUCAUUCCUAAAGGCUGCGGAAGCGGAGGGAAUUUGUGUGGAGUAUUCUGAGUCUUACUACAGGACACAGCCACGCAGUAAACUGGAGCGAGUGGCAAACGUAAUCCGCAGAUCAACAGCCCGGGUUAUAAUAGCGUUUAUGGCAUCGGGUGACAUGAGACUUCUUCUAGAAGAGCUGUCCAGACAGCCUCCACCUCCGCUUCAGUGGAUUGGGAGUGAAACCUGGAUCACAGAUCCUGAUUUUCUGCGGUAUAACAUGUGUGCCGGUGCAAUAGGGUUUGGUGUUCCCCGGUCGGUUAUACCAGGCCUUCGUGAGUUUCUUCUAGAUCUAACUCCAGCUAAAGCAUUAGAAUCGCCCGUGUUAACAGAAUUUUGGGAAAGCUCAUUCAGCUGUUACUUUAAAGGAAGAACAGAGAAUACGGAGGGCGCAAGAGAAUGUGAUGGCAGUGAGGACAUUCGCACGCUCCACAACCCAUACUCAGACACGUCUCAGUUGCGCAUUACUAACAUGGUGUACAAGGCAACAUAUGCCAUUGCGCACGCCAUCCACGGCCUCAUUUGUAAUGACAUACAGUGCGACAAAAAUAUUAAACUUUCACCAUGGCAGAUAUUCGACCAGCUCAAAAAAGUCAAUUUCACUACGAGAAAUGGAUUUCAGGUCUCAUUUGACUCUAAUGGAGACCCUCUUGCUGUCUAUGAGCUUAUAAACUGGCAGUUUAAGAAUGAUGGAGCUUUGGAUUUUGUCACAGUGGGCCAAUAUGACUCUUUCAGGCCAAGAGGGCAGGAGUUCAAAAUGAGCAAAAACAUCAGCUGGGUUGGAGGACAGACAGAGGUGCCAGUGUCUGUGUGCAGUGAGAGCUGUCCUCCAGGAACCAGGAAAGCUGUACAGAAGCGAAGGCCUGUUUGCUGUUUUGACUGUAUUCCUUGCGCUGAAGGAGAGAUCAGUAACAAGACAGACUCUUUGGAUUGCUUGCAAUGUCUUCCUGAGUUCUGGCCUAAUGCCAAGCAAAACAGCUGCCUCCCAAAGCCUGUUGAGUUCCUGUCCUGGGAUGAAACUCUGGGCAUCAUCCUGACAGUGUUUUCCAUCACUGGGGCCUUCAUAGCAGUGUGUGUGGGUGCUGUAUUUUACAAGCACAGGGCCUCUCCUAUUGUUAGGGCCAACAACUCAGAGCUGAGCUUCCUCCUGCUCUUCUCUCUGACUCUGUGUUUCCUCUGUUCACUUACUUUCAUUGGAAGGCCCUCUGAGUGGUCCUGUAUGCUGCGCCACACAGCAUUUGGGAUCACCUUCGUCCUCUGUAUCUCCUGUGUUCUGGGAAAAACAUUAGUUGUGUUAAUGGCCUUCAGGGCUACACUUCCAGGUAGUAAUGUCAUGAAAUGGUUUGGCCCUCCACAGCAGAGAAUGAGUGUGAUUUCUUUUACUCUCAUACAGGUCCUUAUUUGUGUGGUCUGGUUAAAAAUAUCACCACCUUUCCCUUUCAAAAAUCUAAAACAUUACAAGGAAAGAAUUAUCUUGGAAUGUGGGUUAGGUUCUGCAAUAGGAUUCUGGGCUGUACUGGGAUAUAUAGGAUUGCUUGCACUUUUAUGUUUUAUUUUAGCUUUUCUGGCUCGGAAGUUGCCUGAUAAUUUUAAUGAAGCUAAAUUCAUCACUUUCAGCAUGCUCAUAUUCUGUGCAGUUUGGAUUACAUUUAUUCCUGCUUAUUUUAGCUCCCCUGGAAAAUUUACUGUAGCUGUGGAAAUAUUUGCAAUUUUGGCUUCAAGCUUUGGCUUGAUUAUUUGUAUUUUUGCUCCAAAAUGUUUCAUAAUCAUUUUCAGGCCAGAUCAGAAUACUAAGAAACACCUUAUGGGUAAAGUACCUUCUAAGGCUCUUUAG